AUGUUUCGCUCCGUCGCUCGCGCUGUGCCUCGCAUCCAGGCCCCCAUCCGCGCCAGCCCAAUUGCUUCUCUGAAUGGCCUGCAGGCUCGCUUUGCCUCCGACCAUGCCAUCGCCAACCCCACUCUCGCCAGCAUCGAGAAGCGUUGGGAGGGUAUGCCCCCUCAGGAGCAGGCUGAGCUCUGGAUGAACCUCCGUGACCGUAUGAAGGUCGACUGGCACCAGAUGACCGUCCAGGAAAAGAAGGCUGCCUACUGGAUUGCUUUCGGUCCUCACGGUCCCCGCGCCCAGAGCCCUAAGGGUGAGGGUUUCAAGAUCUUCUUGAAGGUUUCCCAGCUCACUCUCGUCUCCUUCGCCCUCUUCUAUGCCAUCCACCUCUUCGCCAAGCCCCAGCCUAAGACCAUGUCCAAGGAGUGGCAGGAGGCCUCCAACGAAUACGCUCUGUCCGAGAAGAUGAACCCCAUCCACGGUAUCAGCAAGCCUGGUUACGAGGGCAAGGGCUUCGUCCAGAGCCCCCCUCUUGAGAAGUCAUAG